UUUGCUGAUAGCAGAAAAGUAUAAAAGCCAAUUUUAUGUCUACAAAAGAUUAUUGUUAUGUCGAAAUAUUAAGGCAAAAAUGUUUGAAGGAGAACUUGAUAGCUUGACGCCACGUCAGAAAGAAUUAAUAAGUGAAGUGUUAGAAAACAGAGGUCUAAAAGUUGAAAAAGUUCGCAUUGAAACACUUGGACAAGCCGGUGAUAACUAUGCUGCUAAUGUUAAAAAAAUAAUUGUAGAACUUCGUAAUGGAGAUACAUUCAAAAUAGUGGCAAAAAUUGCACCCACUGUAGAAUUAUUAAGAAAUACAAUGGGUACAGUCCUACUUUUCGGAAACGAGUGUGUCAUGUACAAUGAUAUAUUACCUAAAUUUGUUGACAUACAGCGAGCUGCAGGAUUGCCAAAUGAUGAAAUAUUUCGUUACCCCGAGUGCUACGAAACAUUUUUAGAACCACCGAAUGAAAUUAUACUGCUGGAAGAUCUCAGAGAAUCAGGAUUAAAAAUGCUAGAUCGAUUCACGCCACUGCCAAAUGAACACAUCAAAGUUAUUCUCAAGAACUUUGCAAACUAUCAUUCAUUAUCGUUUGUAUUAAAGAAACAAGAUCCUAAAAUAUUCGACUCAUUAAUUGGCAAGUUAGGUGGAAAUUUCUACAGAUUUUUGGGUGCCAAUCCUGACUUUAAGUAUUAUUUCAAAAAUCUUGAGAAUGACACGAUUUCAGUACUAGAUAGUGACCUAGAUAAGGAAGCAGUACGUGGUACAGUCUCUAAAAUGUUUGACCACCAUGAGAAGGUCUAUGAAGAAGAACUCAAUUCCAGGUUUUCUGUUGUUGUACAUGGUGACGCUUGGACCAAUAACAUUAUGUUCCAGUUUGAGAAAAACGUCCCAAAGGAGGUGGUUUUUAUCGAUUACCAGAUGAUUAAGUUAGGAAGUCCUGUAAAUGACCUUCAGUACAUGAUAUUUAACUGUACAGAUUAUAAUACAAGGCAUCAGCAUUUCCACGAAUGGAUAGACUUUUAUCACUCAGAAUUAGAGAAAUGUCUCCAAAAAUUUAAUCUCGAUGUUAACGAAGUAUAUCCCAGAAAUCAACUUGAUGCAGAUUUGAGAAAAUAUUCUAAGCUAUAUCUAGCUGUAGUAAUAAUGUCUCAUUCGAUGUUAAUUAGGAAAUCAGAAGACGCUGCUAAAUUAAAGGAUGCAAUGAACACAGAAAUUUCUGAUCCCGAAAAUUUUAAGAAAAUGACUGAAGAUUUGUCAGUCACUAAUUUAGAUACUGAAUCAGUUGGUCUUUUUAAGAGAAAGAUAGUAGGUUUAAUUCAGAGUUACCGAGACCUUGGCUAUCUUGAAAACAUGGCAGAAUUUAAGUUUGAAGGUGAAGUAGAAAUUUUGACCCAAAAACAAAAAGAUUUAGUAACCGAAGUUCUACAAACAAGAGGACUUAAAGCUACGAAAGUUCGGAUAGAAACACUUGGACAAGCCGGCGAUAAUUACAUUGCAAAUGUCAAGAAGAUAACUGCAGUACUCGAUAAUGGAAAAAUAUUUAAAAUGAUAGCAAAAGUGGCACCAACAAAUGAAAUAUUAAGAGCAACAAUGAAUGCAAGUGUACUUUUCGGAAACGAGUGUAUCAUAUAUAAUGAAAUACUGCCUGAAUUUACAGCGUUACAAAAAGCUGCUGGUUUGUCCCAUGAAGAAUGUUUUCGUUUUGCUGAAUGUUAUGGGACUUUGAUGGAACCUUUGAGUGAAAUUUUACUUUUGGAAGAUCUUAAGGAUUCAAAGUUUGAGAUGCUUGAUCGAUUUACGCCUUUAACUAAUGAAAGUAUAAGGCAUAUUCUUAAAAACUUUGCUGUUUUACAUUCUUUAUCAUUUGCAUUGAAGAAACAAGAUCCUGAUAAAUUCAUAGCUUACAGUAAACAGCUUCAAGAUUUCUAUUCAAAGUUGAGCGGUAAACAACAUUUCCAAGCAUAUUUAGAUAAUAUGGAAAAAGGCAUGAUUUCAAUGUUGGAUAGUGACUUUUACAAAGGAGCAGUUCGUGGUACUAUCUCUAAAUUGGCGGAGCAUUGGCAGAAGAUAUCCGCUCUUGAAAAGGACCUUCGAUAUUCUGUAGUAACACACGGCGAUGCAUGGACCAACAACAUUCUCUUUCGUGUAGAGGAGAACGUGCCGGUGGAAGCUAUUUUGAUUGACUACCAAAUGUCCAAGGUUGGAAAUCCCGUCAAUGACCUCAUGUACCUGCUAUUUAGUUCAACAGACCACAUCACACGUCAUGAACAUUUUUACGAAUGGCUCGAUUAUUACCAUUCUGAAAUGGAUAAAUCUCUGAACAAUUUUGAUUUAAAAGCGAGUGAUGUAUAUCCCAGGGAACAACUCGAUGCUGAUUUGCGAAGAUACUCGAAAGUGUCAUUCUGUACCGCAAUCAUGGUCUUUAAUGUGUUAAUAAGGCAAUCAGAAGAUGCUUCUAAAAUGAAAGAGGCAAUGAGUUCUAACGCAGAAUUAAAAGAACUAAUGGAAACAGUACAAUCAGCCAACUUAAACCCAGAAUACGUUGUUUUAUUCAAAAAUAAGAUGGAAAAUUUAAUCGAUAGUUAUAACGAGUUUGGUUAUCUUGACUAGAUGAUAACUAAAGAAAAUUAAGUUUUAGUAUAAUACAGUAAAUUUUGAUUAUUUUGACU